AUGGGCAGCAACCAACAGAGUGAGACAAGUCAGGAGAUGGGCAGCAGCCAACAGAGUGAGACAAGUCAGGAGAUGGGCAGCAGCCAACAGAGUGAGACAAGUCAGGAGAUGGGCAGCAGCCAACAGAGUGAGACAAGUCAGGAGAUGAUAUGGGGUAAUGGAUAUUCUAAUUCCUCCACUACAUGGUCCAAAGUAUGCUAUUACAGUAUUGUAAAGACAAGUCAGGAGAUGGGCAGCAGCCAACAGAGUGAGACAAGUCAGGAGAUGGGCAGCAGCCAACAGAGUGAGACAAGUCAGGAGAUGGGCAGCAGCCAACAGAGUGAGACAAGUCAGGAGAUGGGCAGCAGCCAACAGAGUGAGACAAGUCAGGAGAUGGGCAGCAGCCAACAGAGUGAGACAAGUCAGGAGAUGGGCAGCAGCCAACAGAGUGAGACAAGUCAGGAGAUGGGCAGCAGCCAACAGAGUGAGACAAGUCAGGAGAUGGGCAGCAGCCAACAGAGUGAGACAAGUCAGGAGAUGGGCAGCAGCCAACAGAGUGAGACAAGUCAGGAGAUGGGCAGCAGCCAACAGAGUGAGACAAGUCAGGAGAUGGGCAGCAGCCAACAGAGUGAGACAAGUCAGGAGAUGGGCAGCAGCCAACAGAGUGAGACAAGUCAGGAGAUGGGCAGCAGCCAACAGAGUGAGACAAGUCAGGAGAUGGGCAGCAGCCAACAGAGUGAGACAAGUCAGGAGAUGGGCAGCAGCCAACAGAGUGAGACAAGUCAGGAGAUGGGCAGCAGCCAACAGAGUGAGACAAGUCAGGAGAUGGGCAGCAGCCACAAGUCAGAGAGCAGACAGAGUGAGACAAGUCAGGAGAUGGGGCAGCCAACAGAGUGA